CUCAACCAGGAGCCGAUCCGCGGUGCAUGUGCAGCUCUGUGUCCCCCGAAGGAGGCCGCGGACCGCGCGCGCACCCAAGAGCUCAGUCGCUUCGAGCGUCCGUCGUCAGCCGCCGGUGGUCAGCGCCUCGAGCCCGUGAAGAAAUACCGAAGAGCUGCUGCCGGCCGCGACGUGUGGGGCCCAUCGGAGCUGAGGCCGCCCUCCGUGCUGCUGCGCACACUGCGCCACCUGUUCACGGCUGUGCUGCCCUGGCCCAGCAGCGGCUUCGACGCCUACGAGCAGCGCGGGUCUGCGCGCUCUGCGGAGUUCCUGGCCGUGUAUCACUUCGUUAACGACCGAGUUCGCAGCGUCCGACAGGACUUUACCGUGCAG